GUCUCUGUUGCGGCAGCUGAGUGCGUUGACGCCAGUAGAACUCGCUGAUGUCUCGGACGACGCUGUGCCUCUGCCGGUAGCACUGCGUGAAAUAAAUGGUGAGGGUACAACUUCUAGUACUGGGAAAGCCUCGUCAAAGAACAAAAAUCGCAACAGCGCUACUUCUGCGCUAGUAAGUAGGGGAUCUACUACUUCAGCAGUACGAGAAUCCAGAUCAAGAGGUAGAGCCUCUCGAGGAUCAUCAAGAGGAUCAUUACGUGCCUCAUUGGGAGGUAGAGGAGGACAGGACAAGGCAGAAAGCCGCAGACAGAGUUUGAAGAUGCAACUGCGGAAUAGCACGUCGCAUGAAUCUACGAGAUUGUCUUCAGGUGGUGGUGUAGCUGGUGGUGUGGGUGGAGCGCCGUUCGGAUUCGGAAUAACCAACGCGAUGGCUGAAAAUGAUCGUAUUGUACUAGACGUAGUCACGGAGAAAGAUGAAGAACAAGGUGCGACAAGACCAGUAACGGAGGAUGAUGAUCUUGUGACAGCUGAACAAGCUGGCGACGUAGGUGGAGACUCUCCUGCGACAAGACUAAUAACGUAUGAAACGAAAGUUAUCUGUUAUCAUUAUCAAGUUUCACUUUCAUCUAAAGAUGAAAAGCAUGAUAAUGAUGACAGAUUGAGAUUUGCUUUUCAUAUAACGGAGGAUGAUGAUAUCGUGACAGCUGAACAAGCUGGCGUAGGUACUAGGUCUAAUCUGGGUAGUCCAGUGUUACGGUAUCCAUCACCGCGUGAUCACGAAAGAGAAGCUGAACAGCGGACGCAACAAGAACAUGAUCAUCCUCAGGAGGUCAAUUGCCAUGGUAUCAAUCCCCUGAUACAGUAUGGUGGUAGUAGCAGUUCCAGUGGUCCCCGUGCUCCUCGAGGAAGCAGCAGAACAACUGGUGAGGGACCGCGAAAUAAAAAUACCUCCAUGUCAUGUCGUUCCCCGCGGUUUCUUGAGGGUAGACAUCGAAUGGAGAUGCCAUUAGCGUCGCCAACAGGCAUGUUCGGAGCUUUAGCUGCAGGUUUUGAGAGUCUAGUCGUUGGUGAAGAGAGUCAAGGACAGGAGUCUGUGGAUGACAAUGCUGACGAGGAUAGAAGGACUAAAAGCGCAGUCAACAAAGGGGACAAGCAUAAGGAGGCGUCAUCGGGGGAGUACCCCAAGAAAUACAGGGAAGGAGGACGGAACAAAACAGGCACAGGCACUAGAGGUAAAGUCACAACACAUACGAGCACAUCUCCAGUCCCUGAACAAAUUGAUCAAGAUUCCUCUACUCCCCCUGAAGCCGGUGCACCAGGCGGUAUGUUUCAAAAUUUCCUAGCUGGAAACUUCUUUGGAGGUGGGGGUGACGACCCAGAGUCAACAGACCCCCAAGCAGGACGAGACCUUCCCGAAGGAACACGAACAGGGGAUGAGAUUAUAGCUGGUAAUGGGAAGAAGAGCAGAAAAGGCAAACCUCCUUCUAAGCAGGACUAUGCUAGUGUGGAUAUCGAUGGAGAUGAUGGCGAUCGAGAUCAACUACAGGGUAGUGGCAGGUUCGCUGAUGGAGAUCGUGCAGUUGGUGCUUCAUCGGGAGGACGACGUGGCGUUGUUUCAAG